AUUUUGCUCACUUCCGCGUAUUUUCAGCUCAGUGGAUGUAGUUUCGACUUUUGUUUCGAGAAUCAACAUGGGGGCUUGUAUGGCAUUAUGUUCUCUGGCGAGCUGCGCGUCUUGUCUGUGUGGCUCGGCACCCUGUCUCCUGUCCAAAUGCUGUCCGUCCACCUACAACUCCACCGUCACACGGCUGGCCUUCUCCUUCUUCAUGCUGAUGGGAACUCUUGUGUCCAUCAUUAUGAUCCUGCCGGGAAUGGAAACGCAGCUGAAAAAGAUUCCCGGGUUUUGCGUUGGCGGCACGGCGAUACCUGGCAUCGAAAACAAAGUGAACUGUGACAUCAUCGUGGGCUACAAGUCCGUGUACAGGAUGUGUUUCGCCAUGGCCUGUUUCUUCUUCCUCUUCUCCCUCAUCAUGAUCCGCGUGCGAAGCAGCAAGGACCCGCGGGGCUCCAUUCAGAACGGGUUCUGGUUCUUCAAAUUCCUGAUCCUGGUUGGGAUAACUGUGGGAGCUUUCUUCAUUCCCGAUGGAACAUUUAACACUGUCUGGUACUACUUUGGAGUGGUGGGCUCCUUUAUCUUCAUCCUUAUCCAGCUGGUUCUGCUGGUGGACUUUGCUCACACCUGGAACCAGACCUGGGUGGAGUACGCCGAGAAUGGAAACCGCAAAUGCUGGUUUGCAGCUCUGCUUUCAUUCACGUUUUUGCACUAUGCCCUGGCCUUCUCUGCUGUGGUGUUGUUUUACGUGUAUUACACUCAGGCCGAUGACUGUACCGAACACAAGGUCUUCAUCAGCCUCAACUUCAUCUUCUGCAUCAUCGUGUCAGUGGUCUCCAUCCUGCCCAAAGUACAGGAAGCUCAGCCGAGCUCAGGUCUUCUCCAGGCCUCCCUCAUCUCUCUCUACACCAUGUAUGUCACCUGGUCCGCCAUGACCAACAACCCCAACCGUCAGUGUAACCCCAGCCUGCUGAGUUUGGUCAAAGGUGGUCCGACCGCCCCCACGCCCACCAGCGCACCCGGGCAGGCUCAGUGGUGGGACGCCCAAGGCAUUGUGGGAUUGAUUAUCUUCAUCCUUUGCACCCUCUACGCCAGUAUUCGUUCGUCCAAUAACACUCAGGUCAAUAAACUGAUGCAGACGGAGGAGGGUCAGAGGCUGGCACCGGAUGCGGAGGAGGCGUCAGGAGACGAUGGAGUGAGACGUGCGGUGGAUAACGAAGAGGAGGGAGUGACUUACAGCUACUCCUUCUUCCACUUUUGCCUCCUUCUCGCCUCCCUCUACAUCAUGAUGACCCUCACCAACUGGUACCAGCCAGACACAGACUACCAGGCGAUGCAGAGCACCAUGCCUGCAGUGUGGGUGAAAAUCAGCUCCAGCUGGCUGGGUCUGGGUCUCUACCUCUGGACCCUGCUGGCACCCCUCAUCCUCCCCAACCGAGACUUCAGCUGAACUGGUGAACCAGCUCACAACAGUGUGAUCUGUCCGGGUUUGGGUUCGUUCGUGCCUCAUUUCUCUGGGAUUAGGGAAAGAAUAGCCUUAUGAAGAAUAUGCUACGUUUUGUAUUUUUGAAUCUCAAUCUGCUGACCGUAUAAUCUCUCUGUAUCUUUGACGCUUAGUGUGUUCGUGAAGAUAUGGACAUGUAUCGAGGAAACUCUUAAUUAAUCAAUGAGUCAGUACUGUAGUGCUGAACAAAAUGCCUUUAUAAACAUUUAUUCACUAAGAGAAGCAAUAUUUUAUUACCUCUAUGGAAAUUAUUUUAUAGGAAACGCAGUUAUUGUGUUUUUGUUAGGGUAAAAGUUUUCCCCAUGUAAGGGCACUAUUUUCCGAGGUUUCGUUUUCUAGUGGGAAUGUAUCUCUUAAGCCAUUAGAACAGAUUCUGUGCGUGUGCCUUGUUGUAAAUCC